AUGUUCCGAAAAACGAAAACUCGUAGUAAUCUUCGUCAACGAGUACUAUCGGAUGAUGAUGAUGAUGGUGGUGGUGGUAGUGAAAGCGGUGGCGCUGGUUCCGGAAUAUCAACAGCAUCAACAAUCAGAGGAACAUCAAUCAGUGGAACGGUCAAACAACAGCAACAACAACAUGCGGAAAAGGUGAAUAAAGCAGAAGAGAACCAGGAACUACAGGCUGGUGUGGCUAGCCGAUUAGGUAAAGUUCUGAGUAACCCACCUGGAGCUUGUCGUUUCACCGAAGCUGGGAUAAACAUAUGUUUUGUGAUGUCGGAAGAUUUUCGUAUAUGCAAUAGACAUGGAAGCGAUGAUAUAACGGACUUCAAAAUCAAACGCAAAGAUCCUAACAAACGUUUGGAUAAGUUAACAAAAAAAGCUAAAUUGCGGCAGAAGAUGGACGAUGAAAUUACAGAGCAGGAAACUAAAAUAGUUGUCAAACAAAUCAAGCAAGAAGUGAGAAUAGAUGAACCAUCAGCGAGGAAUAUUAAUACUUACAAUAGUCAGCAACUGAAAACGAAAAAUGAACCCGAAGAAGAUUUGGAGCAAGAUUCGGUCAUAAGAAGUAAAUUUCCAUCUGCAUUUCGAGGGGAAAUUCCGGACGCGAAGACUGUUUAUGAGGCGCGGAAAAAACGAGAAAAAAUGCGUUUAGUCGGUUCUAAUGGACAAAUCCCACUGGAUGAUGUGCAACGGUUAAAGGACAAAUCCGUGGCACGUUCACGAUUAAUACGUGAAGAUGAAAACGAUCUAAGUGAUGAAGAUCCAGAAAGUGGAAGGUUUUAUUCGUUAAAAAGUUUAGCAGCAGAUGAUGAUGAACGACGCCGAAGUGAGCAUAUGAAUUUUCUCGCUCAUGAAGGAGGAGAGAGUGAUGGUGAUCACGAACAGUCCGAUGAGGAAGUAACACGAUGGGAAAGAGAACAGAUGAAGAAAGGAGUAUCAUCCCAUAAGGUAAUAUUUAUGGCGCUAGGUCGUGCAGUACUAAAACGAGAAAUUGCUAGAAUUACCGUCGUGGUGGAAAUGUUGGAACGUGAACGUGCAAAAAUGGAAGCAAUGAUGAAAGCCAUAAGAAGUAGUAUGGAAUUGCCACCCGAAAAUCGCGAACAAUUACCCAUGGAAAUGGAUAUAGAUUUUUCUGAAACUGAUGUACUUUCAGUGUCACACGCUGGGCGAGUAUCUGGCCAGACGACAGUUGUGACGUUGAGGGAAGUUCUUUCGAAGUUGCAGCAGCGCAAAAAAGAUGGAAAGGAAUCGCUAAACGCCCGCGAAGCGGAAUUUGAAAAGAUAAAUAUGCAGAUUCAAGAAAAUAAGGAAAUGAUUGGCAAACUUGAAAUGGAAGAACCACAGAUCAGAGAACGUUUCCAGGUUUAUCAGGAUAUGCGAGCAUACGCAAGGGAUUUAUUGGAAUGCUUGUCUGAAAAAAUAGAUGAAGUCAAAGACUUGGAAAAUCGAAUGGCUGAAAUUUUAGAUGGAAGGGCUCGAAGACUUCGAACACGAAGAAGAAACGAUGUGCAUGAUAUGUAUGAUGAAUGCUCGGCAGCUGCCGCCGGUCGACCACUGCAUCAACGAGCUCCUGAAAUCACACAAAGGGCAGCAGAACGAGAAGCAAGAAGGUCGCGCCGCCGUCGUAUGCGUGAAAAUACUUUAGAAGGUGUUUCACAUGAAGAAGGCUUGAGUACAGAUGAUGAAGAGACAAAUAGUGAGAUUGUGGCUUGCCAACAAUCGAUUGAUGAGAUCCGUGCAGCGGCGAAUACUGUAUUUGUUGAUGCACUUGAUGAUUUUUGUCGUAUUGAUCGAAUUCUGUCAAGAUUUAUUGACUGGUUAGCACAUGAUGAGGAGUCUUUUACCAACGCUUACAUUCAUCUUUGCAUUCCAAAGCUUAUCUCAUUAUUUAUUCGUUUGGAAUUAAUUGACUGGGGACCGCUUGAGAAUGACAGUCGUCCGGUGAAUUCGAUGCGCUGGUACGAAGAUUUAAUAACAUGUGCCGCAUCAAGCUCAAAUAUUAACGUUGAACAUCCUGUCGUUGUCUCACUUGUACCUCUGUGCAUUGAGAGGGUUGUUUUAUGGAAAAUUACAGAUCUGAUUCGUGAGCGAUGGGACCCUCUAUCGCAGCACCAGUGUCGAAAUCUGGGUUUCUUGCUCAGUCAACUGAUUGAUGAAUGUCCAACGCUAGUACCAAGUAGUCGGCCAGUGCAAAAACUUCUACAAACUAUAUGUCUACGAGCGCACGACGCUAUUGAUGAAGAUUUAUUUGUUCCCAUUUAUUCAAAGCAAGCUGUUGAAAAUGCUGCCACCGGCUGUAAAGCAUUCUUAGAUCGACAGACUUGGACUUCUGUUAAGCUCAUACGUUGUCUGAGCUACCUCUCUGUCGUUUUAUCUGAGGAAAAAAUGCGAGAGUUGGUUCUGGACGGUAUCAUAAAUCGAAUGAUGCCCGCAUUACAAUGCGCAGUAAUAUCUGAUCAAUCUAUGAUACGGAAAUGUCGAGCUUUGAUGAAGUUGGUUCCAACAGCAUGGAGGGAUAAUAGUACACAUAUUGCUCUACGAAAUUUCAAUGAUUUAUUAGGGAAAGUUGCCGAAGAACAUAAAAAUAAUAGAAUUAUGGAUUGGUCUCGAGCUGUAGUAAUUAUUGAACGAUUUGAUCGCAUGACUAGAGUGAACCUUUGUGAGCUACAGUUACUUCUUUUGAAUAUUGAUGAGACCAACUCACUAUUGGAUUCCACGAGUAAACGAGAUGUUUCACAGAAGAUUGAUCAGUUAUUGGAUAGCCUGCAACAAGUUCUGAAUGUGCGGUCUCAUCUAAGCAUAAUUGAUCGAGAACGUUUCGAUAUUCAUAUUGAACCAAUCCGAGUUCAAAUUCAGAGAGUUAUCAAUGCAGUGGAUAGGAUUGUUACUACUAAAACAUUGGAAAAGAAGAAUAUUUAUGAUGAUUUGUAUGAAAAGUCUUUAUUGCAAGAAAGAACAGAGGCAUAUGGAUUGCAAGAAGAGAAACAAAAAAUGAGAAAUUCAUUAUUUUUACAAGCAAAAGAAGCUAAGAUGAAUGCUAUAGAAAUUAAGAAAUUGUCCUGUGAUAUCAAAGAUUUGAAUGAAAUGAUGAUGCAACUUGCUCAGCUUGUUCAUACGCAGCACGAAGUUGUUGACAGCAUUGAGGAACACGUCGAAAAAGCUCAGACAGAUGUCCAUAAAGCUCACAAAAAUUUGAAAAAAGCUCAAGUUGCACAAACAGUGAAGUACCCAGUGAUAGCAGCCACCGUUGGUAGUAUUGCAGUGGGUAGCCCUGUGGGAUUCGUCGCGGGUUCAACAGUAGCCGGUAUUUUUGCCGCCUUUGGAGGCGCAAUUGCUGGCGUGUGCAGUGGAAAAUAUUUUCGUCAGAAGGUUCAGGAAACGGCCAAUCGGGCAAAUGGAAACUAA